AUGGCGCGCUCCCCCCAACUCUCACUCCAGGCUUCAUCGCCUGUAUCUUCCUCAGAUAAAGAGAAUCUGCAAAGCUCGACCCAUAUUAGAAAGAGAAACCAGAUACAAACCAUGCCUUCCGCAGGGAAGAAAGCAAAGCGCCAACGCCUGGGCAACAGCACGUCAAAUGUCCAGGUUAGCAGCCAGGCGCAACCACCACACAAUAACAGAGCCGAGUUUUACGAUCCUGAUCAAGACGAGAAGGAAAGACGACAAAUCCGCAAGGGACUUAGAGACCUAACCCGAGACUUGAAUGAUUCCCGGAACGAAUAUUUGCAGGCAGGGAAUAGUGGAAUUCAAGACACUAUCCUGAAGGCAAAUCAGUACUUUCGAAAUAUCAAACAAACCUCUGAUGCGACCAUCGACUCCCGUCUCCUCGUCAACGCAGCAGACUUGUCGUAUAAAAAAACCGCCCAGUUGGUUCUAGGUGACUCGGGGGCCGGAAUUGAUGUGGAUGAGUUUGUGUCGAAAUGUAUAGCCUUUAUGCGUGCAGGUCCAGAGGAUCCAAGUACCGUGGCUAGUAGCACCCAGCGUCGUCGUGCUCCUAGAAGAACCCAGCCAGACCCAGACAUCAGUGAUGACGAGGAUCAGGGUGAUGGAAUGAACUGGGAUUGGCUUGGACGCGCUGCUUGUUUCCGCCAUAGUUCCCGACCUUCAGUGUCUGGCUUUCUCCUUGGCCCGCUGUCUGUGCAGAAACGCACGCGCCAGAUAGCACAGCGAAGGGCUAGAGAGCGAAUCGACCCGUCCCAGGCUGUCCGGCCGCAAGAGCUAAGAGAGGAGGACCUGGACAAACAGGAGACCGCUAACCUCACGGUUAUGUGCACCAGCAUCAACAAACUACUGGUGGAUACCCGAAAUCACGGUGAAGAUAGUGCUCAGCAGGUGUUGGAUAAUGAACCGGAAUUGCCGACCCCCGAGCAAGCGCAGGAAGUGAUGGCCCAGUAUAAUAUUGCCGAUGAUGGAGGGGUUCCCCUGUUCAAUUUCUGCAUCAACCCGAAAUCCUUUGGGCAGUCUGUAGAAAACCUGUUUUAUCUGAGCUUCCUAGUCAGAGACGGUACCGUGGGGAUUUCAGUGGACAGCCGUGGCUUGCCAACGUUGCAUCCCUCGAAACCUUUCGCACCUAGAGAAGCCCAGAGAAGAGGUGUCCAGAAGCACCAAUCCGUGUUCAGUCUCGACUUUGAUACGUGGCGUGAACUCAUCGAGGUGUACAAUAUUAAAGAUUCUAUAAUCCCCCAUCGUGAGGAGGAAAAGGACAACACUGCGCAGGGAUGGAUUCGCAUGUCCUCUGGCUCCAUUGCCGUCUUCUCCCCCGUCAACCUAACUCCCAGCGUGCGCGAGACUAUCACCAGCCUCGGCGGAAACGUCAAGUACAUUGCCGCCCUGGACCUCGAACACCAUCUGCACCUCACACCGUGGAAAAACGCCUUCCCCGAGGCCGAAAUCAUCGCGCCCGAGGGUCUCUGGGAGAAACGCCAAUCGAACCCCGAGUUCAAAGAUACCCCGUUCAAGCAUAUCUUCCGGCAAGAGAACUACGGACAGCAGCGGAUCUCGGAGGAGUUUGACGCGGAGUUUGAGACGGAAUACGUGUAUGGGCACCAGUCGCGGGAGUUGGUGUUCUUGCAUAAGCCGUCUCGGACGCUCAUUGAGGGGGAUUUGUUGUUUAAUUUGCCUGCGCGCGAGCAAUACUCGAAAACAGGGGAGAGUGCGACCUCGGGGAUUUGGACUACGAUUCUCAAGCCGUUGAUGACGACCACUCCGCCGGCGACGUGGCAGAAGAGGUUUGUGUGGUAUGUUCUAUCCAAGAGGGACCGGAAGGCCUUUACAGAGUCGAUGCGACGGAUUGAUAAGUGGGAGUUUAAUCGGUUGAUUCCGUGCCAUGGGGAUGUGAUUGAGAGUGGUGCGCAGGGGGUAUUCAGGACGGUGAUGGAGUGGUUUUUGACAAAUUAA